AAGUGAUACAAACUUGACCCAUUUAAAACGUCAACGUCCGGCAGGAGGCGGCCUCGUACUAUAAAGACUCAUCUGUUUAUGUUUAUGGCUUUACAAUCCAAAAGCAUAGAUAUAUCGUUAACGCAGCAUUUAUUUUGAGGAUUAUUUGCUUUCUACUAUAAUGACUGAACGGGACUUGAAAGAUCCGACAGGGAAAGUAGUGUUUCGUGCUGUUGAGUAUGAUGGAACUCGCUUUCCUGCAAUUAUAUUUGGGAACAUAGCCAAUCAACUGAGAGAACUCAAUGGAAUGACUUUCAAGGAGAGUGAUGUCUUUGUUGUAGCAUAUCCAAAAUCUGGAACUCACUGGUGUUAUGAAAUCGUGGCCAUGCUUAGAAAUAACAGUUCAGAGCUCACUAAACAAUCGCCGCCUUUGAUUGACAGGCUACCUGUCGAGAAACUCAGGCAGGUGCCCGAUGGGGUUCGAGUGUCCCAUCUUUUGCCUCGACAUAUGCCCAGAGAUUCUAUUGAAAGGCGGUGUAAAAUCAUUCACAUUUACAGGAACCCAAAAGAUGUUGCCGUCUCGUAUUUUCACUUCCUAAAGAAGACCAAAGAAGGAGAGCUCAUAAAGGACAUGGAGUUUGAUGUGUUCUUCCAAAUGUUUAUCACAGACCAGUUACAUCGAGGUUCUUGGAUAGAUUACGUCAAGGAAUGGACAGAUUUCAAAGAAGAAAAUGUUGAAUACCCAUUACUGAACAUCUGUUACGAGAGCAAGAAAAAGGACCUCAGAGGACACGUUAAAAUCAUUGCAGACUUCCUUGAAGUGAAACCAAGUGAAGAAUUAAUGGACGAAAUCGCUCACAAAUGUGAAUUUCAAACUAUGUCUGCUUUUAAACACAAUAACAUUCCGGAUAGCAUGUGCAGGAUAACCGAAGUACGGGACAAACAUAUCAUGUACAGAAAAGGAGAAGUUGGCGACUGGAAAAACUGGUUGACAGUCGCGCAAAGUGAAGCAUUAGAUGAGAGAAUCCAAGCAAGAAACCUACCUUUGGAGAUACAUUAUUCCUGAUAAAAUAUAAUUCAACCAACCAAUUAUAAUUGUGCAAACAGUCAGCAUACAACCUUGGAUUAUGAGAGUAGUUCUAUUCUUAUUUAUCCAAACAGUGAGAUUAUUGUUUUUAGAGCUUACAUUGCCUCGUUUUGUACAAUAAAUGAUGAUACAUAUAUUCAGGAGGCUAGAUGAUUAACAAAUUACCCAUCAGUUUUCGUAUAAAAACCUUGCAUUGACCGGAAUAGCAGCUAUUGUCGUUUUUAAUAUGACGUCAUUGUUCGCAAUUUUUAAAGUUGUUUCAUUUUUCUUUUAUUUUUUAUUUAUCUAAUUCUUCUUUUAUUUUUCUUGGUGCAUUUAAAAUUGUGAAGUUUAACGGUGAAUGCAAAAAGUUUCUAGAGGAUGGAUAUAGUGGAUGAUACCUGUGUUUAAAUUUUGUAGAGGUUUUUUCGUACACAUAGUUUACCUUUCCUGGGAUAUUAACACACCUUAACAAUGUGAUAUUUUUACAAUUUAUACUUGUUAUUCUAAAAUAAACAAAGACAAACCUAAUGGGAUAACUUCAAAUCAACUGAAAAAAACUUGGGAGGUAGGGGGCAGAGACGUUUUCAUGUCUCAAGAUAUUAACCAAUACAAUGUAUAUGUAUAACCAGGCUUAUUAACAAUUUUAAACAUUAUAUGCAUGUUUG